GUCACACGGCAGGGAACUAUGUGUCUUGUUAUUGUACCGUUAUUUUUGUAGUUUUUUGCUAAAAUUCGUGAAUUAAAAUGUUUAUAACGAUUUAGGUUUUAUACUUUAAUGAAAAUAAUUCCUACAUCACAAUGUGUGAAAAGAAGAAAAGCAGUGAAACAGCGAAGCCAAUUAAUAAAAUAUGGUGGAUUACAUUCGGUAUACUGUGUGGUGCUACAUUUGUAACUAGAUUUUAUAAAGUUUUGGAGCCUGACCAUGUUUGCUGGGAUGAAACUCACUUUGGUAAGAUGGCUAGUUGGUACAUAAAUAGAACCUUCUUCUUUGAUGUUCAUCCACCUCUAGGGAAGAUGCUUAUAGCAUUGUCUGGAAAGCUAACCGGAUAUGAUGGAACAUUUCCAUUUGAGAAGCCAGGCGACAAAUAUGAAGGAGCUCGCUAUGAAGGAAUGAGACUUUUCUGCACUACUUUGGGUGCAUUAAUAAUCCCAUUGACGUUUUUAUCCAUAUGGGAAAUGACUAAAUCACUUGAGUCUACAUUGAUUGGGACCAUGCUGUUAUUGUGUGAUGUGGGUUUUCUAACCCUAAACAGAUACAUAUUAUUGGAUCCGAUUUUAUUGUUUUGUAUGAGCUGUUCUAUAUAUGGAGCGUUUAAGGUUCGAACUCUAACCGAGGAUAAUCUCCAACCAUUCUCAGUCCGCAUGCUGUCCUGGCAGCUGUUCCUAGGCGCGUCCCUCGCCUGCACCAUGUCUGUCAAGUUUGUCGGCCUGUUCGUCGUCCUGUUUGUAGGACUGCGCACCAUAGCCGACUUGUGGAACGUAUUAGGAGAUCUGAGUAAACCUGUUAGCCUUACAGUGAAGCACUUGAUCGGUAGAACCGUGACACUGAUUCUCUGGCCGACACUACUCUAUGUAUUAUUCUUCUGGAUACAUCUAACAGUGCUCAGUAAGAGCGGGAACGGCGAUGGUUUCUACUCGUCUGGUUUCCAAGCUCGACUGGAAGGCAACAGCCUGCAUAACGCAAGCGCCCCAAAGAGUGUAGCGUAUGGCGCGCUCAUAUCUCUCAAGAACCAUCGCACCGGAGGCGGGUAUCUGCACUCCCAUCAUCACUUAUACCCUUCUGGAGUUGGGGCGCGACAGCAACAGAUAACUACAUACACACACAAAGAUGAUAACAAUCGGUGGGUUAUAAAGCCAUACGACAAGGAACAGGUGGAAGGCGUGGUCCUGGUGAGGAGUGGGGACCUAGUGCGACUGACUCACGCCCAGACCGGUCGUAACCUGCACUCCCAUCGAGAGAGGGCUCCACUCACUACAAAGUACAUGCAAGUCACUGGAUAUGGAGAGGACGGUAUCGGUGACGCCAACGAUGUGUGGAAGGUUGUAAUAUCUGGCGGGAAAGAUGGCGACGAAGUGCAGACUGUUAGGAGCAAACUCAUGUUCGUGCAUUAUUUGCAGGCUUGCGUAUUGACGACAACUGGAAAGCAGCUUCCGAAAUGGGGUUACGAGCAACAAGAGGUGGCGUGCAACCCCAACCUUAGAGACAAGAACGCACUCUGGAACGUAGAGGACAACGUUUUUGACGGCUUACCAAAGGUGAGUUUCGAGGCGUACGCUUCAGGCUUCAUAGAGCGGUUCUUCGAGUCGCACGCAGUCAUGUUCCAAGGUAACGCUGGACUCAAACCGAAGGAGGGAGAGGUCACCUCACAACCCUGGCAAUGGCCUAUAAAUUAUAGGGGCCAGUUCUUCUCCGGCAGCUCUCACAGAAUCUACUUGCUAGGAAAUCCAGUAGUAUGGUGGGGGAACCUGCUGUUCCUGGUCGCCUUCUUCAUCAUAUAUGUCAUCAACGCCAUCAAGGAAAAGAGGGCGGAGGCCUUCGGUACUCCUGUUCCAAAUGGCAAAUCGCGCGAGCUUUUAAACGCGGCAGGCUGGACGUUUGUCGGCUGGGCGCUGCACUACGUCCCGUUCUGGGCGAUGGGGCGCGUCCUCUACUUCCAUCAUUACUUCCCAGCUCUAGUCUUCAGUUCCAUGCUCACAGGCAUCCUCACAGAAUACCUGUUGACCAGCAUCAAGAGUUGCCUAAGCCCGGAGCUGGGCAAAACAGUAUACCACUGCAUCAUAGGCCUUGUGCUCUCCACGACCAUAUACAGCUUCUAUUUAUUCUUGCCACUAGCUUACGGAAUGAACGGCCCAUUAGCCCAUGAACCUAAUUCUACUAUGUCAGGGUUAAAAUGGUUGGAAAGUUGGGAGUUUUAAGCUGGCAACACAAUUGUAUUUUUUUUAUAACUUUUUUCAGGAGCAUAGAUUCAACUCAAUUGUUUUGUUUCUGGUGUUGCCAUCAAUGCCAUCUUUUUUUUUGAGAAAGUAAGAUCAUGCAAUUACUUCUCUCGCCCUGAGUAGAUCGAAAGAGAAAGUUUUAGACUCUCUUUGACUAAAAUCCACCGCGUUCCUUCUCCUUCUCCGAGCGCCGUGGUACAUUAUUACACAUGC